GACCUGAACCAUAUUUAAACGCUUCUCUUUGACGAAACGAACUCCAUUUCCAAUCCGUAUCCCCAUCACCUUUUCUUUCUCGAAUUUCUAUUUAUUUUCUUUGAAUCCACGACUUUGGGAUUUUCUUUUUCUAAUUUUCCAAUAAACAUAGAGAUAAAAAUUGAAAAUUUCUUUAAAGAACUUUGAAUUUUAUUGGAAUUUUUUUUUUUGGGUUUACAAAAAAUACAACAAUGCCGCCAGAAACAACGUCCGACCAAGAACGAGAUGAUUCAGAUGUUGAAUUCGUUGAGGUUGAUCCUACAGGUCGUUACGGUCGGUACAAGGAGGUUCUAGGAAGAGGAGCUUUCAAAAAAGUAUAUAAGGCAUUUGAUGAACUUGAAGGUAUAGAAGUAGCAUGGAAUCAGGUUAAGGUCACGGAUUUAUUGCGAAACUCGGAAGAUUUGGAGCGUCUUUAUUCGGAAGUUCAUUUGCUCAAAACUUUGAAGCAUAAGAAUAUAAUUAAAUUUUACAAUUCCUGGGUUGAUACCAAGAAUGAAAAUAUCAACUUCAUCACUGAGAUUUUCACUUCGGGAACCUUGAGACAGUAUCGAAAGAAGCAUAAGCAUGUUGAUUUGAGGGCAUUGAAAAAAUGGUCUAAGCAGAUCUUGGAGGGUCUUCUUUAUCUUCAUAGUCAUGAUCCCCCGGUGAUUCAUAGGGAUCUAAAAUGUGAUAACAUCUUUGUGAAUGGUAACCAAGGUGAAGUCAAGAUCGGAGAUCUAGGAUUGGCUGCUAUUCUUCGCCAAGCUCGUUCUGCACAUAGUGUUAUUGGUACACCUGAGUUUAUGGCACCAGAACUCUAUGAGGAGGAAUAUAAUGAGCUUGUAGAUAUUUAUGCUUUCGGCAUGUGUUUGCUGGAGUUAGUGACCUUCGAGUAUCCAUAUGUUGAAUGCACUAAUGCUGCUCAAAUAUUCAAGAAAGUGACAUCAGGAAUAAAGCCAGCAUCAUUGGCAAAAGUGACCGAUCCUGGAGUGAAGUUAUUUAUUGAAAAAUGUAUUGCUAAAGCCUCGGAACGUUUGUCUGCGAAGGAACUUUUAGGGGAUCCAUUUCUCCAACCUGAUGAGGAAAAUGACAGUGUAGGUCGUUCUUUACGACCUAAAGCUCAAUCUUCUUCAGAUAGUACUUCUGAUCCGACUAAUUUCAGGGGAAAUUCCAAGGAUCUUCAAUCUGAGACAAGUGUGGAUGUCAAAGUGCAAGGUCAAAGGAAAGACGUUAACACGAUAUUUCUGAAACUUAGGAUAACAGAUUCUACAGGUCAAAUUCGCAACAUCCAUUUCCCUUUUGAUAUUGAAGCAGAUACAGCGACUGCUGUUGCCAGUGAAAUGGUUGAGGAAUUGGAUUUAACAGAUCAAGAUGUUCCAACAAUUUCCGAAAUGAUUGAAUCCGAAAUCCGGUCCCAUAUUCCCAAUUGGGUUCCAAACGAAACUCCCACUGAUUGUUUUGGUGAAAUUGCAAAUUCUGGUAACUGUAUCUCUGAAAAUAAGGGUGAUGGAACCUCAUCUCCAGUUCGUCUUUCACUAGAGAGAUUACCUUCAGGUCGAAGAUACUGGUCUGACCCACCAAAGGCAGCUAGUGGAAACUCUCCAGCCAGUUUUGGUGUUUCGCACAUUGCUUCUCGGGUAGAUUUUGUAGCAGAUAACUUGGUUGAACUUGACGAACAAUCACAUGAUAGCUACAAAAGCGAAGGGAAAAUAAACAGUAGUACUUCACUUGAACGACCCGACAAUGAGUUCACACAUCACAAUGGCAAAGAUGAUAAUGAUGACAGUAAUGGAACACAAUCAUCAUUAAAAGAGAACUGUAAGCCAUUAAAGGAUACUGAAUCAGUGGUGAGGGUAACAACAGAGACACUCGAGUCUAUGCUGGUAAAGCAGCAAAUGGAGAUAGACGAGCUAAAGAAGCAGCACAGACUAACCAUAUCAGACUUUCUGAAAGAACUUACUCCAGAAACCCGUGAAAAGGUUGUGGCUACAUUAUACGGCUAUUCAGCGGUGAGACGAGAGCGACAAUGCUCUGUAUUGGCACCACAUAUUGGCUAAAAUGGAAAGGAAGAUUAAACCGAAACUUUGGUUUCGAGGCGCUAUCGAGGUGAGGCAUUGUUCCUGCUAGUGUAUAAUAUAGUUUUGAAUGUCUUAUAGGAUAUAUGCACAUCAUUGAUACAGUUUUUUUGUUCUUCAAUUGCUAGAUUUUGUAUAUAUGAUUCUAUCUUCUUUUUCAUUUACUUGAUUUUGUUUGCUUCAAAUUACAAUGUUUGAAGGGUAUAGACAUUCAUAGAUUCCUUUUUCUGGCAAUGUAGCUUUGUGUAGUCCAAAAGUUCUUUUUAUAAGUUUGCACAAAUACCAAUAUUUGCAAUUUUUCUGCUAUAAUUAAGCUGUCACCUAUUCUGUGUAAAAGAUAACUACGGGUUUGUCAUUCUCAAUAUAUAUAUUUAUAUUUUUAUACAAA